GGCGGGCAGCUCGCGGGGACCGCCUUCCCGCGCAGCCAAUGACCGGCGCCUGCCCGGCCCCGCCCUGCCGGCCAGGGGCUGAGGGGCGCGCGCGUGGCGGCCUAGGAUGGAAUUCCGGGGGAGUCAGGAGGAGGAGGGGCACGGCAGCCUGCGGCCAGGCUGUGCCCCCGCAAGGCUCCUCCUCCGCUGACAGCCUCAGUUUCCCGCCUGCACAGUGGGAGGGAUGGGUGCUUGCGGGCGGGGGCCGAGGUCAGGUUGGGGGACCGGAGUCAAUUCGAGUGCACCCGGGGCGGGCGGACCAAUGAGCUCUGCCGGAGGAGGGCGGACAGGUCUCAGGCAGGGACGCCCCCUCCCCGGCCUGUCACUACUUCUCCCAGGCCUCCAACCUGCAGUCCUGGCCGAGUCCAGCUGCCCCUGCUCCAGCCUGGAGCCGGGGCCACCGUAGCAGCCUCGAGGCUGGUGCCGCCUCCAGCCCUCCUGUCUCUGCAGCCGCUCUGGUCCUGCAGGUACACAGAUCUGCAAAGCUGCAGUGUGUGCGGCGGUUAGGGGGUGCGCCCUGGGCAGGUGACCUCACCUCCCUGCCCUCGUCAUAGGGGAGUGACUACACCUGCCUCGUAGCUGGUACCCAGGACCAGACAGGAGGAGGGGUGUAAGCGAGCAGGCACUCACUGACCCGGGGUGGAUGGUGGCGACAGCAACGCCGGUUCUGAUGUGCGAGGUGCCCUGCCUUCCAGGCGUGUGUAGGGGAAAGACCAGACACCGUAAUACGUUACAAACUCAAGGCCCAGGCAAAAGUCUCCUCCUCCAGGAAGCCUCCUUGCCGGAAAUGAUCUUUCCUCCCCCACUCUCCGGUCUGGGACUGAACCCCUGUCCCACCCCUGGCUGGACACAAAGGUGGUGUCCAAGAAAUGUGUGCAGGCGGGUUGUGCACGCUGGUGAGCUGUGAGCGGAGCCGUAAGGAAUCUGGACUCACCAGGCCUGGGGAUGGCUGGAAACUGCUCCUGGGAGGCCCAUCCCACCAACAGGAACAAGAUGUGUCCGGGAGUGAGCGAGGCCCCGGAGCUCUACAGCCGCGGCUUCCUGACCAUCGAGCAGAUCACCAUGCUGCCGCCGCCAGCCGUCAUGAACUACAUCUUCCUGCUUCUCUGUCUGUGCGGCCUGGUGGGCAACGGGCUGGUCCUCUGGUUUUUCGGCUUCUCCAUCAAGAGGAGCCCCUUCUCCACCUACUUUCUGCACUUGGCCGGCGCGGACGUCGGCUACCUCUUUAGCAAGGCCGUGUUCUCCAUCCUGAACACGGGGGGCUUCCUGGGCUCGUUUGCCGACUACGUCCGCGCAGUGUCCCGGAUCCUGGGGCUCUGCAUGUUCGUCACCAGCGUGAGCCUCCUGCCAGCCAUCAGCUCAGAGCGCUGCCUGUCGGUCAUCUUUCCCUCUUGGUUCUGGCGCCGUCGGCCCAAGCGCCUGUCGGCCGUGGUGUGCUCCGUGCUCUGGACCCUGUCGCUGCUGGUCACCAGCAUACACAACUACUUCUGCAUGUUCCUGGGCCGCCAGGCGCCCGGGACGGGCUGCGGGCACAUGGACGCCUUCCUGGGCAUCCUCUUCUUCCUGGUCUUCUGUCCGCUCAUGGUGCUGCCCUGCCUGGCGCUCAUCAUGCACGUGGAAUGCCGGGCCCGGCGGCGCCAGCGCUCGGCCAAGCUCAACCACGUCAUCCUGGCCAUGGUCUCGGUUUUCCUCGUGUCCUCCAUCUACUUGGGGAUCGACUGGUUCCUCUUCUGGGUCUUCCAGAUCCCGGCCCCCUUCCCCGAGUACGUCACCGACCUGUGUAUCUGCAUCAACAGCAGCGCCAAGCCUGUCGUCUACUUCCUGGCCGGCAGGGACAAGUCACAGCGGCUGUGGGAGCCCCUCAGGGUGGUCUUCCAGCGGGCCCUGCGAGACGGGGCCGAGCCGGGGGAGGCGGGGGGCAGCACACCCAACACGGUCACCAUGGAGAUGCAGUGCUCCUCGGGGAAUGCCUCGUGAGAGGCCAGCACCUGGAGGGGAGGCGGGGGCCAGCUGGAGUGGCCUCCAGAGACCCUUCGCGGAGGGACAGGAUCUGGGCAGCAGCCCUGGGGCCCGAGCGCAAGGAGAAAACUCUGCUCCCCGCCCGCGUGCCGCCGUCUCCCGCGGCCGAGGCUCUGGGGGUGGCCGGCAGACAGAAGAGCUGCUUCCAAACAGACCCCGUGGCCUCACCAGGCUCCCCCCAGCUAUACCUCUUUCCAUGACCCACUGUGCAGAAGUUGCCCCCGGGCGGUGGGCCGGGUGUGGGGCUCCUCUCCGCCCCAGGAUGCCCAGGAAAGGAGAGGGGGGGUCACGCAGCCCAUCCACCUCCUGCCCCAUCAGCCAGCCCAUCGCCCGUCGGGCCAGCAGCUUUGUCCUGCUGUUGGGACACCUGCUCUCUCCUUUCUGCCCCGUCAGGGCAACACUGUGAGCAGACCUCCAGGAAAGGGUGCCACCUGGGAGACGCUUCUCCUUAACCCGCCUGGGGGCCCAGUCUUUCUGCACAUGACGUCCCCCUUGGUGGCCGAAAUGGGGGAGCCUCUGGCACGGCGAGAGCCUGGACGCAGGAAAGACCGCGUCGGCUGGCUUGAGUGGCUCGCUCUCGUCUCUGACUCCAUGCCAGCCGCCCGGUCUGAGGGGCUCCGGAAGGCCGUCCAGGCAGUCUCUGGGCCAUAGCCCCACCCAGAAGUGGGCACUGGCUCUAGCUGGCCACCUCAGCCACCUACAAGCACGGUGGCCCAGUUUGAUGAAAGAUAAUACAUGUAUAUCAAUAAACGUUUUCUAUCUUGCA